AUGGCUAACAAAUCAUAUAUUUUAACCUUCCUGUGCGUCAUUCUAUUGUUCGGCGAUGGCGAGGUUAAUGGAUUGCGUAGAUUUUGGCGUGGCAAAAUGUUCCAAACCGAUGCUCCGAGUCGUGUGACAGAUUCAAUGUUAUACACUGCGGGGCACCGCGCAGUUCCCGAUCUGUGGUUCGAGCAACAACUUGAUCACAACGAUCCUACAAAUGCAGCGACAUGGAAGCAGCGGUACUACGUUAACGACGAGUUCUUCAACGCGUCCGACUCCAAUGCGCCUGUGUUUCUCAUGAUCGGUGGUGAAGGUGAGGCGACGGCACGUUGGAUGCACGAAGGUGCAUGGAUCCAUUACGCAAAAGCACACGGGGCCCUGUGCUUCCAACUCGAGCAUCGAUACUACGGCAAAAGUCACCCGACGGAGGAUCUUUCAACGAGCAACCUGGCAUUCCUAACCUCUGAACAGGCACUCGCAGACCUGGCAUAUUUCAUCGUGGCCAUGAACGAAAAGUAUCAACUGCAGCCACAUCAAAACCGCUGGAUCGCUUUCGGUGGCUCUUAUCCUGGUUCGCUUGCUGCGUGGCUAAGAGAAAAGUAUCCUUCCCUAGUGCAUGGAUCUAUCAGUUCAAGUGGUCCGUUGCUGGCUAAGAUUGAUUUUGCCGAGUAUUACGACACCGUCACCCGUUCGCUCGCCCGCUACUCAACGGAUUGCGUUGAUGCUGUACGCAGUGCCUUCCAACAGGUGGAAACACUUCUCAAGCACAUGAUCGGACAACGUACGCUUAACGACAAAUUCAAGCUUUGUGAUCCGGUCGAAAAAUCGAUCGCAAAUCCACUAGACAUUGCUAGUUUGUUCGAGGCAAUUGCGAGUAAUUUUGCUGGUGUGGUACAGUACAACAAGGACAACAGUCCGCAUAGUUCUUUGACGAUCGAUGAGGUGUGUGACGUAAUGGUGAACCAGAGCAUAGGGGCACCGGUGAGUCGGCUAGCAGAGGUAAACUUGAUGCUGUUGGAGCUGUCCAAUAUGACCUGUCUGGAUUAUAAGUACGAUAAAUCUGUACAGGAGUUAAGGAAUACUUCGUGGGAUUCUACUGGAGCCGCCGGAGCACGGCAAUGGACUUACCAAACAUGCAACGAAUUCGGAUUCUACCAGACGUCCAACAACGUCAGCUUUGUGUUUGGUGAUCGCUUUCCAGUAGAGUUCUUUAUUCGCCAAUGCGUCGAUGUAUACGGGGCACGGUUUGGUUCGCAAUCACUUGCAAGGGGCGUCUUCCGUACGAAUACCAUUUACGGUGCUCUUGAUCCGGCAACAACCAAUGUCUUGUAUGUUCAUGGCAACAUCGAUCCCUGGCACCGGCUGGGACUGACGGAAAGCAACGACAUUCAUAUGCCAACCAUUCUGAUCGACGGUACCGCGCACUGUGCGAACAUGUACGAACCAAAGGACAGUGAUCCUCCGGAACUGAAACAAGCCCGCUUGGAAAUCGAUACCUUUAUUACGAAUCUACUGGCAAUGUAA